AAGGUUUAAUUUGAUUGGGCUCAAUUAUUGAUGUAAAUAUCCCUUUUUCACAAACUAUAAUAUUAUAGUACAAGGAACUCAUCCAAAUUAUAUAUUUAGUGUGACCAAACAACACAAACAAAGUACUCUUGCAGAUUUAGUUUGUUCUGUUAAAAAACUGUUUUUUCCAGAAAGAAACCUAUGGCAAAUAUUCCAACUUGCAUCCUUCUCGUUGCUGCUGUUUUUCUAGGUUAUUACUACACAGUACUUGGAACGAUGAUCCCACCAGCUAUGGCACAAAAAUGCUAUCAGAUACGUCCAGAAAUAUUGUGUGAUGAAGGCAAAGUUGAACCAGAAUGCUUACCUUUCUGUAAUAACAAAUUUGGAUCCUCUGCUGGUGGACAGUGCAUUGAACAACUUGGCUUUAAUGGUCCUUUUUGUGCAUGUGAUUAUCCUUGCUAGUCAUUUUCUUCUUUUAAAUUUCUUCUUCCAAUAAAGUAUUAUGUAUACAGACAGUUACAUGUAGUUUUCCUUUUAUUUUUUUUAUGUACCAUCAUUAUAGAAAAGUGAAACUCUAUAUGAGUUUAAUUAAUUUACUUUUCAUGAACUAUGCAACUAUCAUUUAAGUGAUCUAAUAAUAUAAAAACUUAUUUAUA